CCACUCUGUGCCUGGCCACAUAUGAAAACACAGUCAUUUAGCCGUAGGCCCGUAGGGACGGUAGGGUUCACUGGUCAUACCACCCCACUGGAUAAAUAUCCUAGUCCACGAGAACUCGCAUCUGAAAACAACCAUCAAAGUGUUGGAAAGGACAGAGGAAAGGACCAACGUUAAUAAUAAUAAUAUUUUCGACGCCAUCAACACGAAUGAAAGUCCGCGAGAAUUUUUGCCCUCAGAAGUCACAAUUAUGCUGUUGAAGCGUGCGAACGAAAAAGGUGUACGGUUUGAGACAAAACUUAAGAAAAUCAAGCGUUUGUAUCCUUCGUCGCCUAUUAAAUGGGAUGAUAAGUCAAAUAACAUUGCAACGUCGCUGAAUCGCAUGAUUAAAGAUAUUAAAACUGAGUAUUUUAUGGUUUUGGAACCCGACGUGUCACUCUCAGAUAAAGAAAAUGAAGGAUUAGCUACCCUGUGGGAUGCUUUAGAGCGCUAUCCAGAGAUAGAUUUCAUUGGAGGAUCGUAUUUAUCAGGCGAUAAGUUGCACAUUACUUGUCAACGUUUUAAAUUUUGUAAAUGGACAUUCGUUGAAACCUACCAAUACAAAAGGUCGCUUGAUCAUAUUAUGAUUUGUGAUGGAACGUCUGCAUCUUUUGUGGGGAGAAAGCAAAGCGUAAAAAAAGUGCAAAAUGGAUUUGAUGAAAAUAUGUCUGACAUGUUGGUAAUAAAGGAUUUUUUUAUUCGAGCAAAAACUGCAAAUGUUGUCGUGGCCACCAGGCCAAGUUUCAUGUUGUUGGCCGACGGAUUCAAGAGUAUGUAUGAUAAAUGGCAGUCGCAUGACAUAACCAAAGAUUUGGUUCCAUUUGCAGUUAAACAUAAGGUCUUUAUUUUCAAGGAUGAAGAGGGCAACCUUGUGGAUUUGUGUAGUUCAACAAGUCCUUUAAGUGGAAAGGAUCUGUGUAUUGAAAAAAAUGCCCACCAACUAAUGCUUGAUAAUAAGCACUGGGCCUACCAAGGAUUGUAUACCUACCCUUUUUUACUGGAUUAUCUGAAAGUUUCACUGAGAGAAGUGACCAAUUUCCUGGAAGAGCACAAUGUCAACUAUGAUUUUUUUGGAGGAGUCUCUUUAGGAGCAGUGAAAAUGCACUCAAUUUUACCAUGGGAGGCUGGUGACAUUGAUCUCAAUGUGUACGGCAUGGAUGUACCACAACUACUAAAUUUGUUACAGCCAUGGGUUUCUAAGAAAGGCUAUGUAAUGAGGGAACAUGUAGAAACUAAUGCUGUCCAUGUCUUUUGUACACCUAAAGAAAUUGGUGAUGUUUCAGGUGGAUUGGCAACAAUGUUUCCUACCAAUGACCCUCCUCCUGAAUAUAUUAGAAUAAAAACAAAUGGUAUAUGGGUUCGUUAUCCCAGGAAUGUUUUUCAGGUUAUCAUGAAGCGUUAUGGGAUAAGCUAUCUAGAACAUAAACUCUAUAGAACGAAAAAUGCCAUUGAAUGUAAGAUGAAAGGUCACAAUGCUUGCUUGCCUAAUUUUAAAUCGAUUUUUAAUGGUAAAGGUGGAACUUACCAAGAAUAUUUCUGUGAAAACUGAAGUAUUAG